AUGCCCAGGGUUUCAACAAAGUUAAUAAGGGAAGCCAAGAAGGUAUCGCCUUUACUUCCUUAUUUUCUAAGGGCGAAUGCAUCCUUAGAUCAAGCAAAGCGGGAGCUUCAAUGGGUACAAUCUGAAUUACCUGAGAAUCAAUGGAUUGAAGCCGCUAAACGUCGUCAUAAUCACGAACCAUUACAAUACAUUCUUAAAUCACAACCGUUUGGAUCGUUAGAUAUAAUAUGCGAGCAAGGGGUAUUAAUACCGCGAUGGGAAACGGAGGAAUGGUGUUUAAAGCUAUCAUCUGUAUUAUCUGUGUUGGGUAUGAAAAACCUAAAUAUCUUGGAUUCUUGUUCUGGUACUGGAUGCAUACCGUUAUUAUUGAAUUAUGAGUUAAACCAAUUGGCCAACUUAAACUCACGAAUCAAAGGCUUUGAUUUAUCUCCCACAGCCCACAAGUUAUCAAAUAAGAAUCUUCACUCAUAUACCAAAAUGUACCCUUCAAGUGCUUCCAAUGUUAGUUUUGCUAAGGCAGAUUUGUUCAGUUCGUCACUUUUAUCUAAUUUGGAUGUUCGAAAUGUGGAUUUAGUCACUUCAAACCCUCCAUAUAUACCGCCUAAAGAUUAUAAUAACUCUGUCGUGUUGAAUGGGAUAUCUCGAUCAGUUCGUAAUUUUGAACCAUCAUUAGCUCUUAUUGGAGAAAAUGAAUUUUACGAAGCAUUAAUAACUAAUUUAGUUCUUCCUUCCAAAGCAAAGGGUUUCAUUUUUGAAUUAGGUUAUCAAGAACAAGCUGACAAUGUCCAUAAACUAAUGAAGACAAGAAAUUGGAAUGUAGGUCUACUCAAAGAUAGUGCAUCCAACAUUCGAUGUGUGAUAGGAUGGAAAGAUGAUUCUCCAAUGAGCGCCCUAGGCCAGCUAUGUACUUUUACUUACGAAUAG